CUUUUGUGGUUGUGGUGCCAGCUUGAUCUUUUUGGGGCGCAGUGUGGACAUUGGGCGGACUAUUGCUGCGGCUUUAAGAUGUAUCGUCCGAGCUAUAUGGGUGUCAUUGUAGUGGUCCUUUUAAUACUUGUAGAUUUUAUAGUGGUGCGAGAACACAGUGGGAAUCGAUAAUAAGACAAGAGCAGGUCUGGGAAUCAAGGCAAAUCGUGUCAUGCUCAAAGUGCCAGAUGUGCAUGGCCCCAGCGGCACAGAGCGGGCCAGCUAGGCGCGCCAGCUUUAUGGCAAAUGUCGGGCAAGGAAAGCAACCGCGCGUUAAGGGAAACCUCAAGCCAACCAGCAGCAGCCGCGCAGCUGACCUGCUUGGUGGGGAUAUGUCGGCUAUCAACGCAUUCAAGGCAAAUCCAGCGCUUGCAUUCAGCCAGUUUUCGCGCACCACAGCUUCAGCAUCGCCGAUGAGCGGCACCGCGUCACCAAUGGCACAAAAGCCAUCCUCCAAGGCGUCAACACCCGAGUCUCGCUCCGGCUCGGCAACCCCCGCCAUGGCAGCGAUCGACCAAAUUGACGGAGUUCUGGCAUCUCAGCUAAAACGGCUCGGCAAGCACGACUCGAAGACCAAAAUGCGGGCCCUAUUUGAACUUAAAAGCUACGUCAGCGAGCACACUUGGGAGAACGGUCUCGAGGGCAUGCUUCUGGCAUGGCCACCACUGUUCAAGCGACACAUUUUUGACCCCGAUCGCCGCGUGCGCGCGGCAGUGGCUACAGUUCACGCUGCUCUGGUAACCAAGACUGGAAAGCGGCUGGCAGCGCACCUCAAGCAGCUGAUCGGCCCCUGGGUGGCAUCGUACUUUGACCCGCAUCGCGAAGUCGGCCGGAGCUCGCGGAUAGCAUUCGAAAAGGUGUUUCCAGAGUCCAAGCGCGCCGAAGUGUACGCAUACUGCCUGGACGAGCUGAUUGAAUUCGCCACAGACAACAUUGUUAACCAGACACCCGAGACGCUGAGCGACCCACGCUUUGUGGACGCUGAGGACAUGCGCAGCAAGUACGAGCAUGUCAUUGGCGUGUCUUUUGGUACACUGGGUCUGGUAGCUGAGGAGGCUGCUCCGCAGAAGCUACUUGAGCACCAGGCACAACUGGAUACUGUUUUCGGCAACAAGGUCGCUCUAAAAUUUCUGUCCGACCAGUCGUUCUUUAUCCGCCGCGGCUGCUAUCGGCUGGUUCGGAUUAUCAUGAUGCGGUGCCCUGAAGUGUCCGCGACACACAUGCAUGCUGGCUCAGGCGCUACUAGCCAAUUGCUUCAGCGACAGCGAUCCCAACGCGCACGGCGACAUGUGGGAUGCCGUGUUGUUGACGACAAAGAACUAUCCCCAGGUUUGGGGUGAGGAUGGAAGCGCUGAAUCAAAGAAGGCAGGCAAGAAGAAGACAGCCACAGAUAGGCUGUUUGAAUUCCUGCGCUUGCGCUGCAGGCUGCGCCGACCAUUUCGUACCCAUCGAUCCUGGCAUUGCUUGCUAACUUGCCGGCGGGAUACUCGAUGAACCAUCCUUCCAGACCGACUUCAACAACGCGCUUUGGCAAGGUGCAGUUACCGCGGAUGAUUCAGGCGACUUGAAAACAGCACCGGCAGCCAAUUGGAUGGCACUGUUGGUUCGCGCGCG